ACAUCCAUAAAGCAGUAACCCAGUACCUGGCGAGUAGCGAGUGUUCAGUGCACAGCCUUCUGGUCUCGUCCUCACAGGACGGCUUCCCCUUGGUCACAGAAGGCAGCAGAAUGCAACUGGAGCUAAAGGAGGGGUGGAGCUCUGAUGCAGCCACACCUCUGACCUAGACUUUUGUGUGAUGGACAAGACCAAGGACAGUGUAGCUCUGACCAGAGGGCUCUUAGGGGACGGGCCACUGCACCCAAAAAUAAUUUCUAGAAAGGGAGGGGAGAGUGCAUGCCCCUUUCUUUCAGAUUGUUCGCUUUUCCUAGAUGUUCUUAGACUUCUUUGUUUUUUCUUAGAAAAGACCACAUUUUUAAAGGACCCAAAAGCGAGUCUUUAAUAAUCACUUAAUCAUGUACACCACUGUCGUUACAAUUGUGUAACAGUGACAAUUAUCUUAAAUAACAGGCAUCUGCCUCAUACUGUAUGAGAAGAGAUUUGGGCUCCUUCAGAAGAACAUAGGAGAGGAAGCUCUGAGCUUCAUCAUGGCCAUCAAAACAAUGAUGAGCACUUUUGGGAAGAUGAUGGUCACCCCAGUCGAGCUGCACAGGAGCCUCAACACCAGAGUCUGGCAGGCACAUACUCUGGCCUGGGACACCAUUUUCAAGUCAGUCAAGUCGUGCAUCAAUAGCAGAUUAGAGAAAUAUUCUCAGCAGCCCAGCACAGAUUUCCUUGGUGACAUUUAUGACCACAGUCAGCUUUCCAGGAAAGAAAUGUAUGCUGCCACCACUGAGAUCCAGCUGGGUGCAAUAGAAACGACAGCAAAUAGCUUAAUGUGGAUUCUCUACAAUUUGUCCCGUAAUCCUCAAGUGCAACAAAAACUUCUUAAUGAAAUUCAAAGUGUAUUGCCUGAGAAUCAGUCGCCACGGGCAGAGGAUUUGAAGAAAAUGCCAUACUUAAAGGCUUGUCUAAAGGAAUCCAUGAGGCUCACCCCAAGUGUGCCCUUUACAACUCGGACUCUGAAUAAGGCAACAGUUCUUGGUGAAUAUGCUUUACCCAAGGGGACAGUGUUAAUGCUAAAUACCUAUGUACUCGGGUCUGAUGAAGACAAUUUUGAAGAUUCUGAUCAGUUCAGACCUGAACGUUGGCUUCAAGCGAAGAAAAAGAUCAAUCCCUUUGCACACCUUCCAUUUGGCAUUGGGAAAAGAAUGUGUAUCGGCCGCCGAUUAGCCGAGCUCCAACUCCACUUGGCCCUCUGCUGGAUCGUCCGCAGAUUCCACAUCGUGGCCACAGACAGGGAGCCAGUCCGCAUGCUGCACCUGGGCAUCCUGGUGCCCGACCGGGUGCUGCCCGUGGCCUUCUGCCGGAGAUGAGACCCUUGGACUUUUUUUUUUCCAUCCAAAUCAAGAACAACCAUCUUUAACUUCCUGUAAGAAUGGUACUUGUGGCUUCUGCAUUCCUGGAAAGCAAACUUCGAACACUAGCUCAUGCAACAGCAUAUAAAGGGUAAAUGUUAUCGAGGGUUUCUGCACCUGCCCUUCCAGCUUCACUGUGAAAUCUGUAACUCUGAAGAGUAAGUUUCCAUUUCACAACAAAAGGCCUGAUUCUGCCUUUCAAGUCUGGGACUUGAAAUCUUCCCAAGUCUGGGACCUAGGGGCAUAAGGACAGUCUGUUUACUGUAACUCUGUGUACUGUGACACUUGGGUGUAUAGGUGCUUGAUGACAGCAUCCAAGCUGAUUAAAGUGAUCAACUCAUAAAACUGUCUUUUCUGCAUUUCAGUGGAGACAUUAUUGAGAAAUUAGGGAAUAGCUCUAUUUCAGAAGCAGUUUAAUAAAGCCAGAAGUUCUUCUAAAAGAAUACCUUAAUGAUUUACUCAAUUUGAUCAAAGUACCCUGAAAUUUUUUUUUAUUUCACUAGUGUGUUUUCCUCUAUGGUAUCAGAAUGUGGAUGAAUGAAGUUGUGUGUGUGUGUGUGUGUGUGUGUGUGUGCGCGCCAGUGGUAAUUUGUUUCAGUCACUUUUUAUUUAAAGAUAUAAAUUUAGGAUCUGUUGUGCUGGGAAAUUAUCUAAAGUUUGGUCCCAGCUUAAAAAUAUUUAUUAUGAUCUUAAGAAAAUGACUUUUCUACCCUUCACUUUCCCUCUGUUAUAUGGAGAACAAGAAAAUACGUAUUUGUUGGGCUGAGGAUUUAACUCAGUGGUGCUGCCACCUGCCUCGCAAGCACAAAGUCCAGAGUU